AUGGGCCAUCUAGCAUGCGUGGCGAGCUGUUCGCUUCGAACCUGGGCUCUCGAUUUUGAAGGGAACACCAGACGCAUCAUCGAGAGCAUCCACAAAGCAAAAGCUGCCGGGGCAACUCUCAGGGUUGGGCCCGAACUUGAAAUAUGCGGCUACUCGUGCCUUGAUCAUUUCUUCGAGGCGGAUCUAUACCUCCACUGUUGGGAAAUGCUGUGUAUUAUUCUCAAGGAUAGAAGCUGUGAUGACAUACUGCUUGAUAUUGGUAUGCCGGUUAUGCACCGUAACAAUCGAUUCAAUUGCCGAAUCAUCUGCUUGAAUGGGAAGAUCUUGCUUAUCCGGCCGAAGUUAUGGCUUGCGAAUGAUGGGAUAUACAGGGAAAUGAGACACUUUAUACCCUGGGCUGGACCAAGGCACGUCGAGGAGUAUUACCUGCCGAGGAUGGUGAGGGAGAUACAGGGCUCAAUAAAGGUGCCUAUUGGAGAUGCAGUGAUAUCAACAGCAGACACGUGUGUUGGUAUGGAAACAUGUGAAGAGCUGUUCACCCCGCAGUCACCUCAUAAUGACAUGAGCUUGAACGGAGUAGAGAUAAUGGCCAAUUCGUCUGGAUCCCAUCAUACUCUGAGGAAGCUUGAUGUCCGUGUCAGCCUCAUCAUGGAAGCCACGAGGAAGAACGGGGGCAUCUAUCUGUAUGCGAAUCAUUUGGGUUGUGACGGGGAUCGUCUUUAUUUUGAUGGAAGUGCGAUGAUUAUCGUCAACGGAAACCUGGUUGCACAGGGACAUCAGUUCACACUUGAUGAGGUUGACGUUAUUACUGCAGUCGUGGACCUGGAGGAAGUCCGGUCUUAUCGAUGCACUCCAUCUCGAGGCCACCAAUCUAUGAAAGCUGGGGUAUAUAUGCGGAUAGAGACAGAGUUUAGUCUCAGUUCCGACAGAGGCGACCGAGAUACAACGUUGAGGCCUAGCCUGGUGAUACAACCACGUUAUUACUCGCCGGAGGAAGAAAUCGCACUUUCCACCGGGUGCUGGCUAUGGGAUUACCUCCGACGCUCCGGCACCGCAGGAUACCUUGUACCGUUAUCGGGCGGGAUCGAUAGCUGUGCUACAGCAAUGACAGUCUUCUCGAUGUGCCAACUAGUUAUCGAUGCGAUCAAGGCAGGAAACGAGCAGGUGAUCAAGGACUGCAAACGUCUAGCAGACUACACCCUUGAGUUACCAAAGACACCACAGGAGUUAUGUAAUCAGAUCUUCCAUACCGUAUACAUGGGAAUGUCGAAGCAAUCCUCGAGGGAAACUCGAGAACGGGCAAAUGAUCUCUCCGAAGCUAUCGGCUCUUAUCACGUCGAUCUAGAUAUAGAUGAUGUCUUUGAGGCCCAAAAGAACUUGAUUGUCAAGUAUCUGGAUUUUGACCCCAAGUUCAAGAGCCAAGGCGGUACCAAUGCGGAGAAUCUCAUGCUGCAGAACAUCCAAGCACGCAGCCGGAUGGUUACCGCAUACGAAUUCGCACAGAUGCUCCCUACCACUCGUAAACGGCCACACGGUGGAGCCUUACUUGUCCUUGGAUCUGCAAACGUUGGGGAGGCGCUUCGCGGCUACUACACUAAAUACGACUGCUCUAGCGCCGACAUCAACCCUAUCGGUGGCCUUGAUAAAAGCGACCUUAAACUCUUCAUCUCUUGGGCGGAGAAAUCUUACUCUAUCCCUUGUUUGCGGGGCUUCCUCGAAGCCACGCCCACUGCGGAGCUGGAGCCUAUCACCGAACAGUACGUCCAAAGCGAUGAGGCCGACAUGGGUAUGACAUAUGAUGAGCUGUCCACUUUUGGCCGGCUAAGGAAAUGCAACAAGCUGGGGCCGUAUGGCAUGUUCCAACGUUUGGUACAUGAUUGGAACCACCUCACACCUCAGCAGGUAGCGGAUAAGGUCAAGAAGUUCUACCAUUACUAUGCCAUUAACCGGCAUAAGAUGACAACUUUGACACCCGCUCUACACUCGAACGAUUACAGCCCUGACGACAAUCGAUUCGACUUGAGACCAUUCUUAUAUUUCCCGUUUUACCAGUCCUGGAGCUUUAAGAAGAUCGAUGAAGAGUUGGCGCGCAUUAAGAAGCAGGCCAAGCAAUGA